GGGGGGCGGUGUCCCGGCGGCGCAGCCCCCCGCGGGUCCCGCCCCCGCCGCCCCCCGCCGCUGCCUUGGCCGGGCGGCGCGGGGGAGGCGCCGGGAGAGGCGGCGGGAGCGCACGGCGGAGCCGCUCCGCCGGGCUGGGCUGCUGCGCUCCGCGGGCUGCGCUCGGGCCAUGCCUGCCGGGCUCCCCGGGGCCGGGCCGCCCCGCUCCGCGCCGCCGCGGGGGCCCGGCUCUCCGCCGCCCGCGGGGGCAUGAGGCGGCGGGCGGCGGGCGGCGGCGCCGGCCCUUCCCCUGCGAGCCGCCGCCGGAGGAUGAAGCAGCAUGAGGAUGUGUGACAGAGGCGUCCAGAUGCUCGUCACCACGGUGGGAGCCUUCGCAGCCUUCAGCCUGAUGACCAUCGCCGUGGGCACCGACUACUGGCUCUACUCGCGCGGCGUGUGCAGGACUAAGUCCAUGAGCGACAACGACACGAGCCGCAAGAACGAGGAGGUGAUGACCCACUCGGGGCUCUGGAGGACGUGCUGCCUGGAAGGAACCUUCCGAGGAGUGUGCAAGAAAAUCGACCACUUCCCUGAGGAUGCAGACUACGAGCAAGACACGGCCGAGUAUCUCCUCCGUGCGGUGAGAGCGUCCAGCAUCUUCCCCAUCCUCAGCGUGGGGCUGCUGUUCUUCGGGGGCCUGUGCGUGGCCGCCAGCGAGUUCUACAAGAGCAAACACAACGUCAUCCUCAGCGCAGGCAUCUUCUUCGUCUCUGCAGGUCUCAGCAACAUCAUCGGGAUCAUAGUGUACAUCUCGGCCAACGCGGGGGACCCGGGGCAGAGCGACUCCAAGAAGAGCUACUCCUACGGCUGGUCCUUCUACUUCGGGGCGCUGUCCUUCAUCAUCGCCGAGAUGGUGGGGGUGAUCGCCGUGCACAUGUACAUCGAGAAGCACCGCCAGAUCCGCGCCAGGUCCCACUCGGAGCUGCUCAAGAGGUCGGCCUUCACCCGCCUGCCCCCCUACAGGUACCGCUUCCGCCGGCGGUCCAGCUCCCGCUCCACCGAGCCCCGCUCCCGGGACAUGUCGCCCAUCAGCAAAGGGUUCAGCACCAUCCCCUCCACCGACAUCUCCAUGUUCACCCUCUCCAGGGAUCCCUCCAAGGUUACCAUGGGGACGCUGCUCAACUCGGAGCGGGACCACGGUUUUUUACAGGUCCAUAACUCCAUCCCCAAAGAGUUCAAGGAGUCUUUGCACAACAACCCGGCCAACAGACGAACCACGCCGGUCUGAGGCGGGCCGGGCCGUGGGCGGGCUGCAUGGCAUCACCCUCGUGACGGUGUAACCUGUGAAACCCCGUUUUUAAGGACAAACCCGGAGGCUCCCCGUGCCCCUGCCCGUGGGGCUGGUUUUUCACUCCUGAAAUGCCGCUGGCCGGGCCAGGCCGCUGCGCCCGCGGUGGGAGCGGGACCCCCGAGGGGAGGGGACAGGGCCGUGCUGGGACCCUGGCCCUGGCGCCCCGCGGACUGAGCGGGCUCCAACCCCCGGGACGGCGGCUUCCCGAGGUCUCCAUCGUUCGUGUGAUCAUAACCGCAGUGUUCCCAUAGCUGUGUGUCCAUGGAAAUGCUGGCGAUAGCCCUGUCCGUGAGAACCCUUACCCGGUAGUUACGUUUCGGUGGAAUCGCCUGGAAGUCCGGAGCUGGAAGCACUGAGCUAGUGCCGGAGCCAUGCUUGUGUUCCUGAACCCCUUUCCCUGUCGUGCUGGAUGGAGUGCUCGGGCUGGGCUCCUCUAUGGCGUUUCGUGCAUGCAUUAAAUAGCUUGGAAUUCAAUUUUGUCAUGUCAGGUUGGAAGAAACAUCCUUUUGCAAUUUUCUGUGGUCUCGAAAGGGCUUUUUUCCCUCCUUCCUUCCCUCCUUCCUUCCCUUCCUUCUCUCCCUCCUUCCUCCCAUGAAAGGACUCAGGAGCAGAAUUACUGCAGUGACUGGUAGCAAGCAUCCAGCGUUUAAUUCACCUCUAAUGUUGCAAGAAAAUGAAUUACUUCCCUGCAGUUGGUAACACGCAGUCAGAGAUGACUGUCUGGGCACAGCCGAGGGGCAACGCGCGACCGUGGCGCUGCGGGAGCGGACGGGGCGCGAUUCCCCAGUGGCUGGGAGAUCCAUGAGAAAAACAAUAAAAUUGUCCAGUUUGGCAAGUUC